GCGGGCCUGGGCCGAGUACGUGUCUGAGGGGGAGGCGGCGGUGGCGGCGCGGCCGGAGCGGAGCAGCCGCGGGCAGCGCGAUCGGCUCCAGCUCCAGCGCCGCGGCGCUUCUGAUCGCCAUCCGGACGGCCCGGGUUUUAUCGGGAGCGAGUUUUAAAGAGCCUCUCGUCCCUCUCCCUCGGCGGACGGGGCACCAUGUCCGAAGCGGAGCAGCAGCUGGCGGCCGGCGCCACCCAGAACGGGCACGAAGCGGCCGAGAACGCCGGGGAGCAGCAGGCCGAGAGCGGCGCGGCCCCGGCGGCGGCGGGGGCAGCGGGAGCGGCGGCGGCGGCGGCGGGAGCCGGUCCGGCAGCGGGCACGGCGGGCACGGCCGCCAGCCAGAACGGGGCCGAGGGCGACCAGAUCAACGCCAGCAAGAACGAGGAGGACGCGGGGAAGAUGUUUGUUGGUGGCCUCAGUUGGGAUACGAGCAAAAAAGACUUGAAAGAUUACUUCACCAAAUUUGGUGAGGUAACCGACUGCACGAUAAAGAUGGACCCUAACACAGGAAGAUCCAGGGGCUUUGGAUUUAUUCUCUUCAAAGAACCUGGGAGUGUUGAAAAGGUUCUGGAACAGAAAGAACACAGACUAGAUGGCCGACUAAUUGAUCCCAAGAAGGCCAUGGCAAUGAAAAAGGAUCCAGUGAAGAAAAUAUUUGUUGGUGGACUAAACCCAGAAGCCACAGAAGAGAAAAUCAGGGAAUACUUUGGAGAGUUUGGAGAGAUUGAAGCAAUUGAACUUCCAAUGGAUCCAAAGACCAACAAAAGGAGGGGGUUUGUGUUCAUCACUUUCAAGGAAGAGGAUCCAGUGAAGAAGGUUUUGGAGAAGAAAUUCCACAACGUCAGUGGAAGCAAGUGCGAGAUUAAGGUAGCACAGCCAAAAGAAGUGUACCAGCAGCAACAGUUCAGCAGCGGUGGAGGAAGAGGUAGCUAUGGAGGAAGAGGCAGAGGUGGAAGAGGCGGCGCUCAAAGUCAAAAUUGGAAUCAAGGUUAUGGCAAUUACUGGAACCAGGGUUAUGGGAAUCAAGGAUACGGCUAUCAGCAAGGUUAUGGUGGCUAUGGAGGCUAUGAUUAUUCAGGAUAUGGGUAUUAUGGAUAUGGACCAGGCUAUGAUUACAGUCAAGGCAGUGCAAAUUAUGGGAAGACACCAAGACGUGGUGGUCAUCAGAAUAACUACAAGCCAUAUUGAUCAAACUUAUUCAGGCCUGGCAGUGGUCACAGUUGAUGCCUACAAGCACUGGAUAUUCCACAAGUUGAAGACGGAAUACUGACUUGUUUACCUGAAGAUAAUAGGACUUCGGGGUAUUUCCUCAGAGAAAAUAUAAAUUUUAAUAUAAUUUCAUAAGCUUUGGAGGUUAGCUUGUCUUGUAGCUUCAGUGAUAUCAAACUUCUUCAAGUAGGAGCUAGAUAGAAAGCUGUUUAGUUUUUGCCAGCGUAUGUAAAACAAGACUUUUCUAUCUGCAUUGUAGAUUGUUUGUGGACACUUCCAGAUUCUUGUGCUUUCUGCAGUCAUUCUGGGGACUGAACUCUCAUUGAUACUGAAAGAGGUUCCGUGAUCAGGACACGGGCAGGAAUUUGAGUGUAGAAGCCCACAGUGUGGUUUGGAGUAGUGAAUUGCUUUUAGUUUGGAGAUGACUGGGGCAGAUGGGAAGAGCAACUGUACAUUAAGGGAACAAUUACAGAUCUUCCUGGCGACAUCAAUGAGAGAUUUGCCUUCAACCUUUCACAGAAGAUUUUUUUAGCUUUAAUUUGGGACAAUAAAGGGGUUUUUCAAAAGCACUAAAAGCCAGUGGGAGCUUGUUAGCUGCUCCUUAUGCCUUUAAAAACCCCUACACCAAAAGUGAUAGCUAAGAACAUGAAAUGGAAGUAAAUAAAAUGCAUUUUCAUUGCUGUUUUGAGUUACAUAAUUCUUGUUUCUUGAUUUGUUAGUUGAUAUGAAUUUACAUGGAUUUAAUCUAUAUGGUGACCAAGAAAAUGGUGAGUAACUGGUGAAGAUGCCAAGUAUAGCCACAAGUGAUGUGUAGGUGUAGACCCUAAGCAGCCAACAAUGACAGGUAACAAUUUCACUGCCUACAGCCCUUUUAGUCUCCUGUGCCCACACCCACCAAGGCAGAUGGGCAGUGCAGCAUUUACCAGCACACAACACGUGCUCCCAGCUAAAGACACGACCUCAAGGACACCCAGGACCCAGUCACAGGUAACCCACAGCCAUCACCCAACCUGCAUGGAGCAUGAAGCACAUUCCCACUGUUGUUCACAACACUGGAGCAGGAAUUCCUGUAGCACCAGGUCAGCCUGUACAGGGCAGUUGCACCUGGACAGUCGCAUCCCUCUCUCAAGCUCUCUCUGGCAGUAGGAGUUGCAGCGAAGCAAGAAUCUAACAGAGGUUUUUGGAUCUACUCAGGGCACCAAAAAUGACUCCAGUCUGUGUUCUCUAAGAUCAAGGCCACAGAGAGCCCUGAUAUCAUCUGUUUGAUAUCAUGGUCAGGCUCUUCAUUUCAUCUAAGACGCCCACACAGAACCCAUCAACCUGUCUGGGGCUAAAGUAUUUCCUCCAGAAAUGAUCUGUUACAUCAAAAAAAGGCAUUAAAGUGAUGGGGAUUACAUCACUGGCCUGGUUAGGAUUAACCAGUCUCACCAAUAAAAAUCCACAGCUUGCUUGUUUGAGUUUGUGUAGCUUCAGCUUCUACCCACUGGAUGGAUGUUUGUACAUGUUUCUCUGUUCAGUUUAAGAACUUGUUAAUAGAAAAUAUCUCCUCCCUGUAAAGGAAUCUGGUUGCCUCUUGAUCUUCAUUGUAAGCUGAACAGACUCAGCUGUAAACCAUCCUUUUCCUUUUGGAAAUAAUUUUUUAUGGCUCUCUACUGCACAGCCUCUGUUUUUCUCAACAUCUCAAAAAAUGGGAACUGAGGAAUAGUUUUUAAUGGAUCUCGCAGUGGCAUAUGCAGAUAUCAAAAUAAUAAUCCUUUUAUUCAUUGCCCUGCUCUCCAUGGGAUGUGCCUGAGAUAGUUUAAAGAAAGAGACUGAAAAGGGGGACGAGAAGGAAGAAGACAAGAGGAGUGUGCAGAGUUUAGAGUUUACAGUUAAAACCAUGUAAACCAAGAAAAAAAUAAGUAAAUGAAACCCACAAACCAAGACAAUUAAAUACUCCAAACUCCCAAGUUCUAGGAAUCCCAACAGCAAAAUUAUAUGCUCUGUUGUUUAAGAAGGGACUUCAGCAGAGCCCUCCCUGUCCUGCAGCUCUGCACUGAAAGUAUUGCCACGUUUUUGUGUUUUGAAAUUCUCCAGCAGAGGCUUCCUGGGGAAUUGGGCUUCCACAGGAACAAAGUGCUGGCACAUCUUCAGGCACAGACCCCAGGACCAGGACCUAGAGGUGCUUCCCCUUGAGGGAAAAAAAGCUUCUCAUGGUUGUAGAAAUAACCAGAGGCAGUCAGGGUUGUUCUGCUCAGCCCCAGAGCUGCUGUUUCCACUCCAGCAGCGACGAACGGAGCUCAGCUUUGUCUCCUCUGCAGGUUGCAAGUCCUUGUCCCGUCUGCCCAGACAGUUGACAGCAGCUUCUUCCAUUUUCAGGGCUGCAUCCUCUUCUUCUUUGUUUUCAGCCAGGUUCUUUCCCCCUUUUAAUGUGCAAUGCAGAGCAGACACAGAGGUGAGAGCCAGACCAGGACAGGGAUUUGCCCUCCGUGCACUGAGUGAGGCCCACGAGCAGCUGGCUCAGUACUGUUAGUUCACACAGCAGCACGAGCAGUGAAAAUACUGUUCAUUCCCAGCUACUGGCAGCAGUACCUUUAUCAAAUCCUGGUGUUACCAUGCGUAUUUUAUGGCUUUGGGAGCUUUACAAUAUUUUCCAAGUCCAUAAAUGUCAGAAUCCGGUAUAAAAAAAGGUCAAUAUAUUACUGUCGAAAGUUUUUUUUUUUUCCUUUUUUUAUACAAAAAUUAAAAAGAUCAAAAUAUAUCACAUUAUUUACAUAUUGUGCUUCAUGCUUAGCGAUCACUGAAAAAAGAACACACAGACAAACAUUUUAAUCAGAGAAAUGCUCCAUUCAUUACACUUCCUAACCUUAUUGUUAGUAUUACAAGGAUUGGCAUUCAGAUUUCUUUUAAUAUUAACAAGACAUCCAAAUGACACAUAAUUAAAAACUUUGAUGUACUAAGGGUGUGCUCACAUUCUAACUGAGGGUUUGCAACAUGCUUGCUGUUAACUCCCAACUGCAUCCACGUACAACCGGGUCAGUGAUUCCUCUCAGCUUCAGUGUCGUACCCUUGGCAGAGAAUGAGUGUCCUCCUGCAGGUCUGGAUUAAAUCCUCGUGUCCCAGUGGACACUUCUGUCCUCGUUCUCCCAGGCUGCACUAGCACUUACAACCCCCUGGCUGUUCUGGGUGCAGGAGAUGGAAUGAAUUACCUGCCCCCAGGGGUACUGAUUGCAGCACUCAGCCAGUGUGGUGGCUUUGGGCUGGAAUUACAGGGGCAGAAGGGCCCUUGUUUGGCCAUAAAUGUUUGUGACUCUGCAACAAAGCAAUAACCUGCUGUAAAAUUCUCAUCUAGAGGUUAUGAGCUGAGGGAGUUACAGGAGCACAUCUUGCAGAGUGGUGCAGCCUUUCCUGAGCUGCCUGGGCCACAAUAAAAGCCUGAGCAAGCCUGUAAAAAGUCAUUCUACUGACAGCAUUAACAACAAAGAUUUUUUUGUGCUUAGCAAGUUCUUGGUGUUCCCAGCACCAGCCUAGAGCAGUGGGGAACAAGACAUGAAGCUGCUGGAAUGUUGCUCUCCCAAGGCAUGACGUUGUGUCUGCCAGGCACGUAAGGGACGUGCAGCAGGGCAAACAAUCACCAUGCAGCCAGAAAAAUUACUCAGGGCCUGUUCAGGGACAUGCAGUGGUUAAUAUUACUGUACCUUAUGCCAACAUCCUGCUACUGGCAGUCCGUCUGGUCCCUGCAAAAUUGAAUUUACAGAUUCAGUUUUCUUGACAGUGGCUUAAGUGUCAGGCCCCAAAACCUGAAGCUCAGUUGUCACAACAGUGAGUAGUUUAGCAACACUGUUAAUUACCAUGCAAAACCCAUUUACUGUAUAUGCACAAAAAUAAAUAUGCAGGCAAUGUAAUCCAUGUGUCACACACAACACAAAAUUGAAUGCACCCCAGGGUAAAAAAAAAAUCAGAAAUCUACACUUUCCGUUUUCCUUCAAACAAAAGAGAAAAAGUGAACAAAUAUAAAGAUUUGAAACCACAGUUCAUUAACUUCAUGAUCUGUUUUAUAAGGUAGUGGUUUUUGCAAUCAGACAUAAAUAUGGAAAGCAUGAUGUGGAAAUGUACUUUCUGUAAAAAUGUGCUUUUCAGCUGGGGGGGAGGUGAUGUAGGUCUGGUUUUUUUCUGGAUGGUAUCCUGAUUGUGUUAAAUUUGAUCCUGCAGUACUUAGUUUCUUUAAGAAAUCUUGAGCUGCUGAACUGAUUGAGAUAGGAUGAGUUGUGGACUAUGCACAGGGAGUGAAAACAUUUCUCUUGUUCCAAUGGAGAUUCAAGCAGCACACAAACCCCAGAGAGCCAGAGAAGAGCUCACUGACCAGGAGGAGAGCACUGAGAAGGAAAGGAGCCCCUUAGAAGAGGAACAGGCUUUGCAUGACCAGCUCUUUCAAGACACUUUAGAAGAAACAGUUGACUUCAGCUGCCUUUUGGGAUGCUGGGAUGUUUUUCAGGCUCUUGGAUCUCCGAUUCCAUGAAUUUCUGCAUGUAGAGCCACAGAGAGCACACAUGCACUGACCCUUCCCUCAGAGCCACCUCAGAUUCCCUGGUGGGGGUGGGAAGCCACGAGGGUGUGUGUGCAGCAGAGGGAACUGCCAGUGCAAACAGAGGUCAAAAUGCAAUUUUACAUUUUUUACUGUAAAUGUCAGUCAUCACAUUUUUUGUAUUCUGUAUUGAUUUUAUAUGUAAAAUAGCCUAUGCCCAAUAAAACAGAUGCAGUGAAGUAAGGUUACCCUCUCCAGCUA